AUGGCUGCUGCGGGAGUCUCUCCUUCGAGCUCUCCCCGACUCCCCAGUCCUCCGCCGUUCACGGAGGUCCAGAUCGGCCCCAAGUCUCCUACGGUUGGAGAGCCAUUCGGCAAUGCUGGGGAGAAACUGCUGGGUGCUACGCAACAGGCAGAUGAUGCGUCGAUGCGGAGGAUUCGUCCGGGUACAAAGGCUGCUGAUAUGGCAUCAGGACCGCCAUUGAUCCCGUUAUCGCAGCUCGAUUCACCGUUCCAGUUGCAGGAGCACUUGAAGGCGCUCUAUCACAGUUGUACCAAACCGGAUAGCUCACGAACGGUUGUUCCGAUAACCCGCGACGUCGCUAUGUAUCUCGCUGAACCACCAGAGGGCGUUGAGCGAUCCCUCUGGCUCUACGAACUAUGCCGCUUCCUUACCAUGAAAGUGAAUAACCUCAUUAUCGCAUUCUUCGCCGAAGACCCUCCGUGUUCAUCUCAGACGUGUGCUGAGAUGCGCGCCUCUGAGUGGCAGUACCUCUGCGCCGUCCAUGAUCCGCCCAAGUCCUGCUGCGCCAUCGACUACUGCUGCCACACACUCGAUUGGGCAACUAACAUCCUCACAUCUCCGAAGUACUUUCCAAGCCGCUUAACGUUGGGUUCAGAGUCCGCUGGUGGACCUCAAGCAAGUAUGAGACACCUGACGAACAUCUUUCGUCGUUUGUAUCGUAUCUUCGCGCAUGCUUGGUUCCAGCACCGGGAUGUGUUUUGGCAAGUCGAAGGGCACGACGGUCUCUAUGUCUUCUUCAAGACUGUCUGCGACGUAUAUCACCUUAUCCCGGAAGAUAAUUAUACUGUCCCCCCGGAAGCUGAAGGGCCGGAUGCGUACCCUAAACCGGCGGUUAAAGAAGAUAGAGAUGACUCGCGCCGGUUGACGAUCCUACGCAAGGACAGUGAUGACCCCCCUCAGUACACAGAGCUUGAACCAUCCUCGAUCAGCACAGGUGCCACCACACGGCGUCACAAGCACAACCCGUCGACUGGCUCCGCCGUCACAACGAUCGCGGAGGAUAGUGAGGACACGGAAGAUUUGCCACAUGCUGAGGACACCGAAAAGGAGCCAUCAGUUGCAGAUAAUCGUCCAGAGUCUGCUCCAGAACCAGCAGAAAAACCGGCGCAGGAGGAUUCUACCGAUGCUACCCCCGAUAAGUCGACAACAAGAGAGGAAACAGAAACAGAAACAUCCGCACUUGGAGAACCAGCACCUGAUCCAGAGGAACGAGAAACAAUAGACCUUCCAGACCCUGAAGCCGAAUCAGAGGGACCAUCGAAAGCCGAGAAUAGCGAAACUGAAACCGAAACCGAGAUCUCAACUCCAGUCGCGGAUAACAACGACAAAAAUCCUGCAGCUGAACUUGAGGCAGAAAGUGAGACGAAAUCUGAUACGGAUCAUGCCUCAGAACCUCAGACAGAGUCAUAA